AUGGCCACUCGGCCCGGCCGCCUCCCCCAGCGCCGGCCCCCGCGCACACCGCCGCGCCGCCCCUGCCCCUCCCCGCCGGGGCCCGACGGCCGUGCGCGCGCGCCCUCGUGUUCUCGCGUGCUUACGCGCGGCGCCCCUGCAGCCAAUCAGGCCGCGAGGUCGCCGCGGUCGCCGGGGUUCGCGCGCACGCUCCGGAGCGCCGUGGGGGUGGGGCUGAGGGUGAAUGGGCGAGUGAGCGGGGGCGGGCGCGGCUGCGCGAGCCGCAUGAAUGAGAGAAACGUGCCCCGCGUGAGACGUCGCGCGCGCCCGGGCCCGGGAGCCAAUGGGAGCGCGGGGAGGGCUCGGGACCCGGCUCUGAGGGCAACGGCCGCGCGCCGGCGCGAGGACGAGCGUCGCCGGCGGGAGCGCGCGGAGCGGGGCGGGCGUGGAGCGUGCGGGGGCCGCGCGCUGCCUCUCAGAGGCCGGACGGCAGUGCCGGGAGGCGGCGGCGGCUACGGCGGCGGCGGCGACGGGGACCGCGCCGGGGUGAGGACCAGGGACGCCGGCCCCUGCGGAACCGGAAGUGCCGGCCGGUGA